AUGUCUGAAAAGGUACAACAUGAAAGUGCAAACAAUAAAGGUAAAAGAAGUGGUACAAGAUGGAAUUUUGGAAUGAUCUGUUUCGCUUACAUCUGUGCAUUUACCUCACUCCAAGCUGUCACCAGUCUUCAAUCAAGCAUCAAUACAGAUAAAAAUGUUGGUCUCAAUUCUGUAGCAAUUACAUAUGGUACUUCUUUAGUUACAAGUCUUCUAUUCACAACUUCGCUUGGAUAUAUUUUUGGUUACAAAUGGUCAAUUGUCGGAGGACAGUUUGGUAUAUUAGUAUAUGUUGCAUCUAAUAUGUAUCCCAAACAAUGGCUAAUGUAUUCAACUGCAGUCAUAUGUGGAAGUCUUCGAGCUUGUUUAUCCAUGGCUCAAAAUUCUUAUGUGGCUGCACUUGCAAAUGAUGAAAGUGAGAAUGAUGAUGAUGCUGAGAUAAAAACUAGAAAAUAUUUUGGAAUCUUUCUUACUGCAUUUCAAUCAGUCUUACGAAACACUCCAAAAACUACAAAUACUAAUUCUACACAAUGUGGAGCUAAUUACUUAACAAGUGAACAUCAAAUGCAAGAUGACAAUCAUCAACUUAUAUCUCAGAAAACGAUUUACAUUCUUUAUAGUAUAUUUAGUGGUAUUAUCUGUGUGUCGAUAGUGUUGACCAUCAUUUUUCUUGUUCAGAGACGUGACAAUAAGAAAGAUGAUGAUUCUCAAGGGUUAUUACGAAAAUCACUUAAUCAUACAUUGUCAACACUCAAAACUUCUAUCAAUCCAAAUAAUCUUCUACUCAUACCACUUGGAUUUUGGUCAAUUUCUGCGGAAACAUUUUUUAUGGGAGCUUUCACAAAUCAUCAAAAUGCAAAACAACGUGUAAUAAUUAUACAUGGUAGUGCGAUAUCACCUGGAAUUAUUAACCGACAUUGGUAUAAAUGGUUACAAACAGAAUUAUCAAAAUUAGACAUAGAUGCACUUGCACCAGCAAUGCCUGAUGAAAGAGAAGCAAAAGAUUCUAUAUGGAUACCAUAUCUAAUAAAUAAUUUAAAUGUCAAAGAAAAUGAUAUUUUAGUUGGACAUAGUUCAGGUGCUAUGGCUAUUUUACGAUUAUGCGAACAGAUGAAAAUCAAAGGUUUAAUAUUAGUAUCAGCUGGUUAUGAUAAAAAUGAUAAAAAUCAAUUAUAUAAUUGGAAUACAAUCAAAUCAAAUACACAAUGGAUUGAACAAUUUCAUAGUUCUGAUGAUCCAUUUACACCAGUUGAUAGUAGUCGUCAUAUAGCCAAAGAAGUACAAAGUAUCUAUCAUGAAUUUAAUGAUCGAAAUCAUUUUUUAUGUCCUGAUUUUCCAGAUAUAAUUAAUGUAAUAAAACGUCAUUGUCAACUAUCAUAG